AUGUCUUCUUCCUCUACAGCUACCUCUUUAUUCAAGGCCAGACAUAUUGUCAUCGGCCUCACAUUCGCCCUGGGGAGUGGUGCAUGGUAUAUGCAUCAUCGCCGAAUGGCCAAGACCCGAGCGAACGGGCCCGAUUCGAAAGAUGCGGACGCCACAGAUCCCCCGCUCCUCCGGAAGCACUCCGAGGUAGUGUCUUACACUGCUAGCCGGAGCGGCAUCACAUACCCUGGCAUCCGCGUCUUCUAUCGUCGCCACCCGAAAGCAGAUGAAUUACCCCGUGACCCGGCGCCGUUGCCGUUGUUGGUAUUCAUUCAUGGCCUCGGGGGGUCCAUCGCUCAAUUUCAUCCUCUUCUUACCAGUCUCGUUAAUUCGGCCUCUUGUCUGGCGAUUGAUUUACCUGGAUGCGGUUUAUCGCAAUUUGCGCCGUCAACGUGGGAUGCAUACACCACGGAUGCUCUGACAGACUUACUCGAAACCGUUAUCGAGGGCUACCGGGAGAAGGACCAAGGGCUUGUUUUGGUUGCUCAUAGUAUGGGAACUGCGAUUGCAGCUCGUAUUGCGAAUAAGCAAUCAGCCUACUACUUACGGCCUCCUUCACACGUAAUGGGUUUGGUUGCGAUUUGCCCGGUCGCUGGACCGCCACCCCCAGGGCUUGUGCGUAACUUUCGCAUGCUCCUCUCACUUCCAGAUUUCAUUUUCAACCUUUGGCGAGCUUGGGAUAGGUGGGGUGGUCCCGAAAGCGCUAGCGUAAAGAGAUUUGUUGGUCCAGGCGCAGACCUCGAAGCCCGACAGCUUCAAGAUAGAUAUAACAACCAAAGCAAGACACCCGUCUUCCGUCGGAUGGCAUGGGGAUCUUUACCGACGCACUAUGUUGAUGGGAAACCCGCCGAUGGUAUGUUUGGUGAGCCUACUUGGGCAGGCCUCGAUAUUCCCGUUUAUCUUAUCGGCGGCGAGUUUGAUACGGUCACACCGCCAAAGGAAAUCGAAAAGAUUCGAAGUAUUCUCGACUCGGCGGUAAAACUCGCCAGAUCAUCCGGAGGGACCACCUCCGAAGUUGCCGAUUCAGCGGCAUCGCGGACUCCCUCCGAGGGUAAAUUCAAUGCUACAGAGGGGAGUACGAUUGUCGAUUCGGCCGCGCCGGUGAAUACUACUGUGGAACCACGGGCGCAUAUACCACAAUCGAUCGACGCUAUCACAGAUGAGGAUUUCACGCGAAAGCAACAGCCGGUAGCACAUGUCGAAGAUCAUUAUGAGGAUCCAACCACGCCACGAGAUCAAGAGUCCGUUAGCAGUAUUCCUUCUCAACCACGACAUCCCGCGAAACUUGUCAAGACUGCGUUAUUACCAGCCGGGCAUGCUAUGCUCUAUAUGCCAACUACAGUUCGUACUUUAGCUGGAUUAAUAGGCGACUUCAUGAAUGACCACGUUACUGGUCGGUUUUCCCUCGGUUGGCAAUUGCAACACCUCUCACGCGACGGCAAAUGGGACGUCAAAAACCUCGCGAAAUGGAAAGGCGUCCAACCUGUCUCCAAGCCAAUCGGUGGUGUAUUCCGCGCGAUGAAAACGCUUCGCGAGAUUGACGAGGAACACUCACCUAAAGUAUUCACGGCAAACUGGGGCCACAUAAUUAAAGACAUUAUCGACAUAAGCCACGACGACCCAGUGUACGACCCGAAAAGCUUCGGAGCUGGCAUUAAAUACCAUAAAUUCCCCACGGUAUCCAAAAUCCCACCCACAGACGCUGAAGUCGCAAAUUUCAUCCGACUCGUCGAUCGCAUUCGCGCAGACCAGCGUGAGCGCGCUGAGGCCGCGGGUUGGACCGACGGGUACGCGGUUGGCGUCCAUUGCCAUUAUGGCUUCAACCGUACUGGGUAUUUCGUCGUGUGUUACCUUGUGGAACGCUGCGGGUAUGGUGUUCAGCAGGCGAUUGAUGAGUUUGCGAAUUCGAGACCUAACGGUAUUCGCCAUUCGCACUUUUUGGAUCGUCUGUUUGUGAGGUACUCGCGAUUACAUGAGUGA